AUGGCUUCCCUGUCAUCUCUCGGCCUCAACCUGCGUCUUGCCGACAUUGAUGAGAACCUCAAAUCUCACUCAAGUGCUUUAUCAUGGCCUAUAAACGGGACAGGAGGGAGUGCCCCUCGACGAACCCACGACUUCAUUGAUGACGUCCCCUGCUUCGCUUAUAAUGAAGUAUUUGAAAGCGGCGAAAUCUUCCAAGCCGUCUCACCCGGCUCAGGCAUCUACCUGCCUCUCCACUCCUCCCCAUGCCCUCAACCGGCCUUCACUCUCUCCAAGUCUCGGCCGGCCAAGACCAUAGAGCUCGACGUCCACAGUCUGUCUCUCUUGCAGUCUCUCGCCAUCGCCAUCCCAUCCCCUUUCGACUUUGCUUCCCUCUUGGCCAACUAUAACACCCUCAAGUCUCAUUUGCAGCACCUCGAGUCCAUCUCGCCAAACCACCCCACCACUAUCGAGCUACGCCUUCUCAUCCGAGAUCUGCUCUUGGAUAGGGCCCUCUAUGCCGGUGUUGGUGUUCAACUCCACCCGUCACAAGGGCUGUUAACUAUGAACCAGCUUCAUGAUAUGCACCAGAGGAGCGUCGACGCCGGCCUGGAUGACCUAGACUCCUGCUUUUCUCUCGGACUCAUACCCGACAUAGUCACCGACGACUAUCUCGAAGGCCUGAGUGCUCGAUUCACCGAAAUCGCCCUUGCCGGUGACCUCGCAUCAUUGCAUGAGCUGUGCGAGCCAGUCGUGCGCUCCGGCGAGAUUGAAUGGCAGACGAGUCCAGACCUGCUGCUUAAGCUACUAGACUGUGGCCGUCUAGAUAUCUACCGCUACGUUCUGGAUCUCGCGUCACGGACCAAGGACAAACGCGACAGCCAACAAGGGCCAUGUCUCGCGGACAUAACCCACGACGCCCUGCAUGUAGCAAUCCGGCUCGGUCAUUCAGGGCACGUCGGCGGACUCCUCCAACAAGGGGCCACUUUCUUGGGUGUCUACCAGGGCGAAGAGGCUGGCAGCGGUGUUGUUCUCACUCCCCUUUCGGCUGCUGCCUUCUGGGGCCAAGCCGACAUGGUGCGCUUGAUUCUGAGCCACAACAUCAUGGCCGAUGGUGCGCAAGAGGCUGCUGCGAUUGCGCUUUUCAACGACGACACGGAGAUCAUGCAGAUUCUCUUGUCAUCCGGUGUAACUAACCCGCCAGCAGAACUCCUACCGGAGGAUACUGUCAACUCGUUUGCGGAGCUCAGCCUCAUGGACCAUUAUGCUGGGUUCACGGUGAGCAAGCCAGACGCCGUUGAGUCCGCCGUUGAGUCCGCCGCGGGGUUCCCUUCUGGGGACGAGGCCCUCUCGCCGUACCCGUUGGUCAACCAAAGCAUGUCAACAUCAACCGAAAGGCCCCUCCGGCGACCGAUGUCGAAUCUACGGAACGACCCCGUGCAGCUCAAAGGCUCGCGACGUCAGAGACACUUGCUUGGUCGCGAUCUCGUCACGAGCAUGCACGAAUUGUGCUCCAAGCUACGGGACGUAUGUAACCGCUCGACUUACGAUGAAUUGAAAGACUUGGAAGACGAGUACAUGGAUGGCGACGGCGUUUGGUAUCGUGGCAUCAGUGUCUUCCGUGGCCUCAUGCAAGACAGCCCGCCAUCGGCCUUGGGCGAGGUUGUCGACUCGCUGUUGGUGGGAAAUGCCAUUUGCCUUACCUUUUUCAAGAAUGACGGGGCCAUCUUCAACCAGUACGUUGGCAAUGCUGGGCAAAGCUAA